AUGACUCAAGUCGACCGGGGCUCUGCAGCCCUUCCAGAGGCGCGCGGUCUUCAUCUCGCCCGCGAUCAGGGAGCGUCCGAGCUGUCGGAUGUCUCAUUUGCCUCGACGCUUACCGACGCUCAGGACUCUGACUUCACCACCACCUUGCAGUCCGAGGCAUCGACUGCGAACUUGAUCGACAAUGGCGCCAAGCCUUCCUACUCUUCCUGGGCAGACGCGGAACAUAGCUUCGACCAGCCGAAUAGCUCCGUCAGAAGCGUCGGCACCUCGAUCCCUGCAUCGCACAGGGGAAAACAACCUAGCAAUGGGCAUUACGUCGAUCUCGAACAUCCGAAGCUCAGCACAAUCGACGAGACAUCCGCAGCAAGCGCCUCCUCGUACAAGAAUCUAGAUUUGUACAAUUCAUCUGCCAACGGCUAUGUCCAGUACGACGCUGCUGAUCGACAUCAGACACGCAGCCGUCAAGACUCGCACGACUCUGAUGAGGCACCUUACACCACAUCUACUUAUCCGCCAACCAGCGAAGAGGAUUCGGAAGCCAAGCGCGUCCAGCAGAAUCUGGAGCGCUGGGCCGCCGAAGAGCGUCAAAGACGCAAAGCGCAACGUACCUCCAAGAUCAUCUCGAAUCGCAACUCGACCGUCGCAACAGGCACCAGCUUGACCCAUCGAUUGUCGAUGCUCCGCUCAUCCGGCUUCACUGCCCAUACGCACAACAGAUUGGGAUCCGGGCCCUCCUCUGAGAGACUCGCUGACGCCGCUAGCGCGAGUCCAAGCAUGCCUUACCAUGCUACGCUAGGAGAUCGACGAAGAGAUGCUUCAGCGCGCAGAGAGUCUGGCGCCUCGUCGACAAGCGGCGGAGGAGGAGGAGGUGCAGCGCGAGGAUUGCAUCGGCCUGCGAGUCCUUCCUCCUUCGAAAGCUCACAUUCGCACGGCUCUCUGGUAUCGGACGAUCAGCGACCCAACAAGGAGUUGCCGCAGAUCGGCUCUCGCGUGUCCUCUGCGACCCACGGUAGAAAUGUCAGCGGCGAUAGUGCAGGCUCGUCCCGCGAUUACGCUCACCGCGCAAACGGCGGCGUCCGCGACCCAUUCCGUGACCCAUCCGAAGGCGUCACCGCUGAGUCCUCGAAUCCGACUUCUCACAAACGCUCGUCCCUCAAGCCGACGCCAACAGCGUUGCGACCCAUCGUGACUGUCGGGCGAGCUUCGAGCAUUCAGCGGCAAGCGCUGGAAGCUUCGCACGCCAACAGCAAGGGAAAGGGAAAGGGGCGGUCUAUGCCGACCAUUGUCGCCACAGACACGGAAGCUGAAGCUGAAAGCGAGGAUCACGAAUUUGACUCGAGGUAUGCGGGCGACAACCCUUUCGCAUCGAACCAGGACCAUCAAAAGCGCACGAGGACCACGUCGACCACGAUCCAUCAGGGCGGCUUGGACGAGGAGGUAGCCAUGGGAAUGAGCGGCAGAGGCAAGGGCCUGGACGCUAACGGAGAUCUGGGCGAGAGCAGUCUCGACGCGGGCAGCGCACCGCGUCCGCCACCCACGCGCACGUCGACAAGCAGUUCCAAGUUCAGAGAGCUCGGCAUCACCGAGGGGGACGACUGGAUAGACACGUUAGGGCAGAGCAUGGGUCGACCACGCAGAGCCAUGCGCGUUUCCCGGCAGGCAGCAUCUGACGACGAUACGGACGGGGCUCGCAAGCCGUGGUGGACAGAGUUGCUUUGUGGCUGCAACCGGGAUCUAGACGACGAUGAACAGGUAUGA